AUGCGAUUGUAUAUGUAUAAGGGCAAGCCACUAUGGAGGGCCACCUCUCACAUGCAGAAAAGGCAUAUAAUGGGGUUUGUUAGAAAUGCUCUUGGACUCGAUCCACCUCCAUCCCCAGAUGACCCUACACCAGAAAACAGAUUUCAUCCUUGGGAUGUGUCACCCUCGCCUGAUCUACGGGAGCGGGCUGCGACCAUACGAGCAAUGGCAAAGUGCCCCGUGACAGGUAAAGAAAUAAACUAUACAUGCCCUACAUCAGGGAUACCCACACAUCACUCUCGCGAUGCCUGGGAACGGGAUAACGAAUACCACAAGUCAGGCAGACCUCAGAUUCUCAAGAAGGCAAACAUCUAUGAACAUGACCUGCGCUCUGGGAGACCGUUCCCCGAGUUCGACUUCCCGUUGGAUCAGGAUUUCGACAGGAUGGUCAAUAUGACUAAUUGGGAUUUGUUCUUCUAUACGCGUGGAUUUUACUCGAUGGAUACUGAAUUCCAGCUAGCUGCCGUCACAAAAAUGCUGAGUUACCCAAUCACGAUUGGGUCUGUUCUCCACCAGUUCUCCCCCUACUCGCUCAACCCUAAGGGCCCCAUCACGCUCGAGGGUUUGAAGUCUCUUGCCGCUCUAAGGUACACACUCUAUCCAGAACAAAAUAGGAAAGUGACUUCGACGGCAAAGAACAGUCCUCUCCGCGUGUUUAUUCUCGGAGCGCGUGCAGAGGCACAGCUACCUGGACACGUCUGGAAACAGCUGCAGUUCUUGUUCCCAGAAACACAAAUAGAACUCCAUUUCGUCGGGCACGAGUCUUACUUCGAUCGCAACAAGCGCGAGUACGUGAGUUCAUCAACACCAAUCGUAAGGAGGGUAGACGAAACUUUAACUUUUAUUUACCACACUGAUUUUUUCCACGUUUAUCACGAAGCUCAAGACUUCUUCCCUUACGACCCAUACAAUGACAUAUUCUUUUGUUUCCAUCCUGGGUUUGCUGCCCCAGAGUCAAGAGAAAACUGGAUGGGCAAGACAAUGGAGGCCUUGUUAGAAACAAAAUGUGCAAUUUUCACGACUGGUUUCAACGAAAAAGAUCUCAAACGCGACAUUGACGCGGUAGAGAGCACUUAUGGGAAAGAGCUGGAUAUGUUGAUGGAACCCGUAAAAAAUGUGUUUGGCAGUACUAAAUGGGAACUUAAUGACAUGAAUCCUCAGGAAGUCUAUCAAUUCAAUAUGUACAUCGCAGGCUUCAGAGGUAAAAGAUACCAUGCAAUUGAGGUAUGA